CGCGAUUAUCAGGAGACUGCCAGCCUAUAGACUGAGUGAACAGAUGCGGUAAAGGUGGUGGGGCUCUGCCAGCUUUUUUUUCCUUUCUUUCUUCGAACGAGCCAUUCUGGACUCAACAGGUUUCUCAGCUCCGCUAUUUUCUGUUCUCACUUUCAGUGCUUGUAAAUGAAGUUUUCGAGCGCAUUGCAAUUCAAUGCUGUGCCCGACUGGGCGCAGUACUACAUAGAUUAUUCGGGCUUGAAGAAGAAUCUGUACAUCAUCGAGCGCGACAUCAUCGCCAAGCGCGGACAGACACAGUCGCCGCGCACCGACGAGAGCCGGACGCUGCUAGGUCCCCAGAACCAAGCAUAUGCAGCCUUUGUGCCAUUGCUUGACAGCGAGCUGAGCAAGAUCGAGAGCUUUUAUCGGCGCAAGGAGGGCGAGCUACUGGGCAAGGCCAGCGAGAUCGAAUCGGAGCUAGGGCAGCUGAGGCUGUCGGUGCCAUUCGAGCGCCAGCGGUCAGGCAGCUUCUUCCGCAAGCUGUCGGCUGUGGAUAUGGAAGAUCCAGAGUCAGCGACUGGAGCAUUGCUGCUCCGAGGCAGACACACGACGCAGCCGCAGCUGAUCGACAGUGAAGGCGGAUCGUCGUUGCGCGCACAGGCCAAUGCGGCAGUAUCGUCGCUGUCCGAUACGCAGGAGGCGAUCGACCUGGAUUCGACGAUUCCUGAGAACGUGACCAACGCCUACAUUCCGGUCGACCACGACGACGACACGCGGACGCCUAGCUUUGCCAAUGGCGAAGGCAGCAAUCUGGUGACUGCUGCAGAGCAGCAGCGGGCCAGCGUCGGGCACCGGCGCACGGUCAGUCUGAGCGGCGUCGACGGCGUUCGGCGCGAGAUCCGUAACCAGUCGCGCAAUCUAUUUAUUCUGCUGCACGACUUGCGCUCGUACGCGCAGCUCAACUACACUGGGUUCAGCAAGAUCACGAAAAAGUACGACAAGAUCACCCAUUCGGAUCUGCGCUCCACGUACCUGGAGGACACGGUGCGCAAAGCAUACCCGUUCACGACCCAAGCGCAGGCUGCACUGCGCGACCACAUGGAGCAGCUGGCGUUUGUGUUUGGCGUGGCCUCGGACUUUUCGUCGAUUGACCAGGCGCUGAAGGAGCUGAAGAAGUGCCUGCGCGAGGAGGUCGUGUGGGAGCGCAACACGGUGUGGCGCGACAUGAUUGCCAACGAGCGCAUGGUCAAUGCCGUCGGUGUUCAGUCACCCGAGCUCGACCACACGGGUGACAUCACUUCGACGCCGCUGAAGCCACGCGGCAUGACCAACACCAAUAAGCAGCUCCUGCGCAUUGCCUUCUGCACAGCGGUGUUUGCCAUUGUGUGGGCCAUCCCGAUGUUUGACGGCCGGGAGCAGCAGCGGUGCUGGGCCAUGCUGAUAUACGUGUCGCUGCUGUGGGCCACCGAGGCCCUGCCGCUGCACGUUACUGCGCUGCUGGUGCCGUUCCUAACCGUGAUGCUCGGCGUCAUGCGGUCGCCAGCCAAGUCGCACCACCACCUGGACGCAGGCGAGGCAUCCAAGGCGGUGUUCUCGGCCAUGUUCUCGUCGGUCAUCAUGCUGCUGCUGGGCGGGUUCUCGCUGGCAGCCGCGCUGAGCAAGCACGAUAUUGCGCGCAUCAUUGCGUCGUGGAUCCUGUCCAAGGCCGGCACUAGCCCAAAGCUGGUGCUGCUGGCCAACAUGUUUGUUGCCACAUUUGCCAGCAUGUGGAUCAGCAAUGUCGCAGCGCCCGUCCUGUGCUUCUCCCUGAUCAAGCCCAUUCUGCGCACGCUGCCCAACGGCAGCACCUUUGCUCCGUGUCUGAUCAUUGGCAUUGCGCUGGCAUCGAAUGUGGGCGGUAUGGCCUCACCUAUUGCAUCACCGCAGAAUAUCAUCGCGCUCAACACCAUGAAGCCGUCACCGUCGUGGCUCCAAUGGUUUACCGUAUCGAUUCCUGUCUGUAUUCUGUGCAAUCUGGCCAUCUGGGUGCUGCUGCUGGCCGUCUACCGUCCGCACCACACCACGCCGUCGAUCCGCCAGACGCGGUUCACGCCCGAGAAGCUGAACAAGCGCCAGAUCUACGUGUGCAUCGUCUCGAUCGGCACCAUCGUACUGUGGUGCAUGCAAUCGAGUCUCUCGGGUAUCUUUGGCGAUAUGGGCAUCAUUGCAAUUCUGCCGCUGGUGCUCCUGUUUGCCUUCCCCAAGGUGCUGAGCAAGGAGGACUUUAACAACUUCCUGUGGACCGUUGUGAUCCUGGCCAUGGGCGGCAUUGCGCUGGGCCGUGCUGUUGAUUCGAGCGGCCUGCUGCACGAGCUGGCCAGCCACAUCGAGCUGCUGGUCGAUGGCUUCCCGGUCUUCACCGUGCUGUGCGUGUUCUGCGGGCUGAUCCUCGUGUGCUGCACGUUCAUCUCGCACACGGUCGGUGCCCUGAUCAUCCUUCCGAUUGUCGCCGAGGUCGGCGCCAGGCUGCCUGAGCCCCACAGCCGUCUGCUGGUCAUGGGUGCUGCGCUGAUGGCCUCGGGCGCUAUGGGGCUGCCGGUGUCUGGGUUCCCGAACAUGAACGCCAUUAUGCUGGAGGAUACCCUGGGCAACCCGUAUCUGACCACUAUGGACUUUUUCAAGGCUGGUAUUCCAUCCAGUGUUCUGGCCUACUUUAUCAUUAUUUCGGUUGGAUAUGCGUGCAUGUCGCUGCUUGGAUUUUAGGAAAUAUAUUGAUUUGGUAUAGUCUUUGAUUGCAAGACGCGUCAGAAGACUCGCCGAGCUGUUCUGGCGCCGAACCGACGGCAGCAAACUCCGGCGAUUCCGAGAGGCAGAUAGCCGACGACCAGGCUCCUAACAUGCAGCCUACUAGCGCCUCAGCACGAGACGAAGGCUCUGAUGAGGAUCUGUAGAGAUAGCGGAAUUUAGUCACCUCUCGAGUCACUCCUGUUGACAUUCGAGGUCUGGAGUCCCCCUGGUCCACCAUAGACAAGGCCGAAACGCAUACGUACAAAGGCCCAGACAGACGACCAGC